UAUCUUGAGGAGCCAUAUUGAAACUGUGCAGCACGAUCGUUCUGUGGAUAGUAUAUCUUUGAAUCUUUUAUUUUUGUUUUAUUUUAUUUUUCUUUCCAGGAGCUUGAAAUAUUAACAUUUAACUUUAAACAUGCCGCGUAUUAUGAUCAAAGGUGGUGUGUGGCGAAAUACCGAGGAUGAAAUCCUUAAAGCAGCGGUUAUGAAAUAUGGAAAAAACCAAUGGUCUCGGAUUGCCUCACUGUUGCACAGAAAGUCUGCAAAACAAUGCAAAGCCCGAUGGUACGAGUGGCUUGACCCAAGCAUAAAGAAGACAGAAUGGUCACGUGAGGAAGAGGAGAAGCUCCUUCACUUGGCAAAGCUGAUGCCCACACAGUGGAGAACCAUUGCUCCUAUCAUUGGCAGAACUGCUGCUCAGUGUCUGGAGCACUAUGAGUUUUUGCUUGAUAAAGCAGCUCAGAGGGACAAUGAAGAGGAUACUGCAGAUGACCCCCGUAAACUCAAACCUGGAGAAAUUGACCCCAACCCAGAGACCAAGCCUGCUAGGCCUGACCCUGUGGACAUGGAUGAAGAUGAGCUUGAGAUGCUUUCAGAGGCCCGAGCUCGUUUAGCCAACACUCAAGGGAAAAAGGCCAAGAGAAAAGCAAGAGAGAAGCAACUGGAGGAAGCAAGGCGUCUUGCUGCUCUUCAGAAGCGCCGGGAACUGCGGGCUGCAGGCAUUGAGAUACAGAAGAAGAGGAAGAAGAAAAGAGGGGUUGAUUACAAUGCUGAGAUCCCCUUUGAGAAGAAACCUGCUCCUGGAUUCUUUGAUACAUCCAUGGAGAACUAUGAGGCCUUGGAGCCAGACUUUAAGAGGUUACGUCAGCAGCACCUUGAUGGAGAUCUGAGAUUUGAAAAAGAGGAUAGAGAGCGUAAGAAAGACAGGCAGAAGAUAAAAAAGAAGAAGGAGUCAGAUCUCCCAUCAGCCAUUCUGCAGACCAGUGGUGUAUCAGAGUUCACAAAGAAAAGAAGCAAGUUAGUCCUUCCAGCACCCCAGAUUUCUGACUCAGAACUGGAGGAAGUUGUUAAACUUGGACAGGCCAGCGAGAUUGCUCGUCAGACAGCUGAGGAGUCAGGAAUCACAAAUUCGGCUUCCAGUGCUCUUUUGUCAGAAUAUAACGUUACUAAUAAUGCCAUGGCACUGCGCACUCCCAAAACCCCUGCUGCUCAGGACAGGAUUCUGCAGGAAGCUCAAAACCUUAUGGCCCUGACAAAUGUGGACACCCCUUUGAAAGGAGGCUUGAACACCCCUCUUCACGAAAGUGACUUUUCUGGAGUCACCCCUCAGAGACAGGUUGUGCAGACACCUAACACAGUGCUGGCCACCCCCUUCAGGACACCUUCUCAUGGGUCAGAAGGCCUGACACCCCGUGGUGGACUAACUCCCAAAGCUUCUGUAGGAGUCACUCCUGGAAGAACUCCCCUGCGCGACAAACUCAACAUCAAUGCAGAGGAUGGAAUGGUGGAUUUUAAUGAUCCGUCCUACGCAAAGCACCUGGAAAGAGAAUCCCGCGAGCAGCUGAAAAUGGGCUUGAUGUCUUUACCAGCACCUAAAAAUGACUUUGAGAUUGUCCUCCCGGAGAAUGCCGAAAAGGAGCUGGAAGAACAUGAAACUGAUGAGACUUUUGUAGAGGAUGCUGCAGACAUUGAACAGCGCAAGCAGUUACUAAGAAAUGCUGAGCGCGAGAGAGAAUUGAAGCAGAGGCACACGGCUGUACAACGGAACCUACCUAGACCCUCUGAGGUAAACGAGACCAUUCUAAGACCUCUGAAUGUGGAACCACCUUUAACAGAGCUGCAGAAGGGUGAAGAGCUGAUAAAGAAAGAAAUGAUCACAAUGCUUCACUUUGAUAGCCUCCACCAUCCCUAUGCAGACACUUUAGCCAAAAAAGGCAAAGGUGCAGGAUCUAGCUCAAAUAAUGCAGAACACAUAGCAUAUCUGGAACACAACGUGUGUGAAAAGUUUUCUGAAGAAGACCUCAAAAAGGCUGAUGAGCUGCUGGCACAAGAGAUGGAGGUAGUGAAGCAUGGCAUGAACCAUGGGGAUCUCUCCAUUGAAGCCUACAACCAGGUGUGGGAGGAGUGCUAUAGCCAAGUGCUGUACCUUGCUGGGCAAGGCCGUUACACACGUGCCAACCUGGCUAGCAAAAAGGACAGGAUUGAAUCCCUGGAGAAGAAACUGGAGAUCAAUAGAGGUCAUAUGACCAUGGAGGCAAAAAGGGCUGCAAAAAUGGAAAAGAAGAUGAAGAUCCUGCUAGGUGGGUACCAGUCCAGAGCCAUGGGGCUGAUAAAACAGCUGAAUGACCUGUGGGAUCAAGUGGAACAGGCACACCUGGAGCUGUGCACCUUUGAAGAACUGAAGAAACAUGAGGACACCGCCAUCCCUAGGAGACAAGAGGCUCUCAGAGAAGAUGUCCAGCGGCAGCAGGAGCGAGAGAAGGAGCUUCAACAGAGAUAUGCUGACCUGCUUCUGGAAAAAGAGACCUUAACGUCCUCCAAGUUUUAAAAGAAUCUUCUGUGAGAAGUGACAGAGCCAGUAGUGCAUGCAUAUUGCUUUCAGUACCCCAAGAUUGUUAUCUUUUGUACUGACCACACAACUGAAGUUUGGCAGUUGUUGUUUUUCCCUGCAAUUUGUGAUUAAAAAGUAAAGUUGUUUUGAUGGACUUGCUUGUUCCAACAUUCCUACAGUGGGCUGUAGACCACUGUCUUUAACUACUGGACGGUUUUCAUUUUUUUUACCUGUGUAAUUUUAGAACUUCACAGUAAUUUACAAAGUCCAUUAUUUUUAUGGUAACUGAUGGGGAGACUGACCUCAACAAUAACAACACAAGUGAUUGUUAAAACACAUUGUUUAUUGUCAUAAAUUCUGCUUUGAAAAUCAUUAAAUUCUUAUUUGAAAAUAAUUUGAAAAUGGAUAUUACUUUGUAAAGAAUUUGAAGGUAGAUGAGGAAAACUAUUUACCAUGACUUAGGUUCAUUACUUUUUGCUUGACUAGAACAUUCCUGGAGUGUACAGUGUACAUUGUCUCAAAAUUCACUUUCGUUUAACAGAAGAUUUUCAUACAAUGCCAAGGUUAUAUUAAUCCCCAAUCUAAAAUGCGGCGCUUUGUUUUAAAGAAUAUUUCAAUUAUAAUAUUAAAAUGAACUUAAAUGCUGAGAGUAAACAUGGGUGAUGUUUUGGUCCAGUCAGUCACCUAUCAGUUUUUUUUUUAUUCUAUAUUGUGUUUCACUGCUGUUCUUUAAUGAAUAGGAAUCUAAAGAUGAAUCUUCUGCACUUGUAAAAAGCUGUAAAAUGUAACUUUAUCCCCAAGCAAGAUCUAACUGAGGAGCAGUUCUUAAAAUUCUUCUUCUGGAGGACAUAUUCUGAAUUAUAUUUCACAAUGGAACAUUCACUUCUUGACUUAAUGUGGAAUCCUUUUGUGUUGAUGAUCCUAAAUAAGUGAGUUUUUUUGUACAUUAAGAUUGAUGUGUAGUACAAAGCAUUGCUUGGUUUAAUAAUUUACAUCAUACAUUACAUGCUUCAGUCUUUACAUGAGCUGUUAUCUUUGAAGAUGAAAUAAAGUGCAAAAUUGUGAAACUCCCAGAAAUC